AUGGGUCAAAGAAAAGGUACUGCUGAAGCCAACAUUAACCAUUCGCAUUGUGCCUCAAUAAGGAAACCACUGAGAGGUGACAGAAAGAAGACCACUCUAUGGAAAAUCGGCAAACGGUUGAGGGAUGCCACCAGACACAUUCCAAUUGCCAAAAAUCAAGGAAUAUUGGGAAUGAUUUCAUGUCUGUUUGAGACCAUCAAGCUGCCUAUGGUUGCAAACCCUACGUUCUUCAAAGCAAAGCAGAUUGAAGUCGAGAAAUUAACUUCUGUAUUUCAGACAGGUGUCAAAGAACAACAGAAGCAAGUCAUCUUUGAUAAUAGUAAAUCCACCAUCAAACCCUCUGAGGGGCGAAACUCAUGCAGACAACCAGCUGAUGUUGAUCUCGAUGGCGCCUUAGAAAAUGAUCCUGCAGUGACUACGGAAUAUAUUCAGGACAUUUUCAAAUAUUUGAGAAUCAUGGAAGGUAAGUAUCCUAUUCAGAAAGGUUUCCUCGAUGAUCACGAAAUAACUCCUCAGAUGCGUGCAAUACUGGUCGACUGGCUGGUAGAGAUUCACUUUCACUUCAACAUGCAUCAAGAAACGCUUCAUUUGUGUGUUAGCAUAGUAGACAGAUAUUUACAAGAGACAAAGGUGAUGGAACGUGAUGUUUUUCAGCUGGUUGGUGCAUCGGCAUUGCUAGUAGCUGCUAAAUAUGAAAGGACCUACAUUCCCAGAGUGUAUGAAUUCAAGUCCAAACUUCCAAAUCCGGCCUGGAUAGAAAAUCCGGAGUUGAUUGUUAUGAAAAUAAACAAAGAUUUGAAUAAAAUCUAA